UACUUCACUAAGUUCUAAAAGCGAAGAAGCCUGAAAGACGAAGAAAGAAAGAGCGAGAGCACCCACUGUGGAGCUCUAAUUCCGUGUGGACAUGGAGGCUUGGAGAAAGAGAACAUGGAUCAGGAGCUUCCAAUAUUCCCGUAGUGUUAUGGCCAGUAAAACUUCACAAUCUCAUGAAGGUAGGAGAGUAACAAGCAAACGUAACCAGGCACCAGGUCCAGGAUCCAUCUCUUUAUCUGAUUCUUAUUUUUAUGGAAAAUUCACGGCCACCUGAUCAAUCAUUCAAGAUCGACUGUGAAGCAUUUCAAAGAUCCAAAAUUUCACCUUCCUCGAUUCAUUGAUGAGUAGUUGCAUACAGCAACUCUCGCAGAACCUGGUUCGUUCUGUUUUAAAUUAAGAUGAGAAUAUUGCUAAUUUGCUAUCAAUGGUAUCAUCUUCUUCACCACAUCCCAGUCUCAUUAAUUAUCAAUUUCGCAUUCGUCUUUUUAAUUUGAAUUAUUUGGAAGGUGGGUGAGCUCCGAGCCUCAUGAUUUUUUCCUUUUGGAGAAAGUGUGAAACCUCUCUCACCUGCUCGCACAGAAAGUGACUACAACCUUUCCAUGUGAACCUGCAAUUAUUUUGAUUUGCCACUAGGAGAGAGAUAGAAUCUCAGAAUCUCAGCUACCUAACUUGAAGGGUGCUUGAAUUGAGUGGAACAGAGCAGUGGCAGACAUCAGGAGUUGGUCUGGCGACACAUUUCUGUUACUGCUUUGAAAGAGCAAUGGCUUCCAACCAUAUCCCAUCAUAUAGAAUAAUUUGAAUGACUUCUUUCUUUUUCCCAGAUUUUGCAGAACUAAUUCGUUGACACUCGGAAUUCAACUUUGAUUCUGAACCCCACCUGAGGUGUUAUUGUUAUUUCAGUUUCAUUUUCAAACACAACUCUGCUUCUCCACUUUCGAGCUUUUUUUUUAAUGGCGAGAGCGAGUGAUUGAGGCCAGGCUAGCAUCAACCACAUGAUUGAUACGGGCCCCCACCCUCUCCCCCUGGCAACCACGUGCAUCUCGAAGCCCCAUGCACACCAGUACAUCACUUCACUAUUCGUCUGUUCUCCAGUUCUCCAGUUCUCCCGUCCUCCCUUUCUUUAUUGACUUCAAUUAUUAUUUGGGAUUAUUUUAUCUUCACCUUCUCCUCCUCCGUCUCUCUCUCUCUCUCUCUCUCUCUCUCUCUCUAUCUCUAUUAUUCCUUAAACACAAUCCUUCCUUUCUCCUCGAUUACAGAGAGUCAAUUCAAAUCCAGCCUUGCCUUCCUUCUGUAGCUCUGUUCCUAUAUCUUGGAUUUUCCACCUUUCAUAACCAAAUUUACUAUUACCCACCAUCUCUCUCUCUCUCUCUCUCUCUCUCUCUCUCUCACAGAAGUGUGAUUGUGAAUGUGAUGGAGAACGAUUUAGGCGAGUUUACUGUUGGAGACAGACGAUUUGGUUGACAAUUUAAUCUCUGUAGCUAAAACAAACGAAGCAAUUAGAGGUGUUGAUACUGGUUUCAUUCGCCUGCUGCCCAAGGUGUUUAAGCAAGCACAAGCUAAUGAAGAGGCUAGUGGCACUUCUUUUGUUUCUGGCAUUAGGAAAUGCCAAUGUACUUGAUGGAGGAUGGAGUGGUGGACAGUGUGAUAAAAAGAUAACUUUGGACCCUAGACCUCACAGUGUAUCCAUCUUAGAGUUUGGUGCUGUUGGCAAUGGGAAAACAUUGAAUACUAUUGCCUUUCAAAAUGCCAUCUUCUAUCUCAAGUCUUUUGCUGACAAGGGAGGUGCACAGCUCUAUGUGCCAUCAGGCAGGUGGCUUACUGGAAGCGUCAACCUCACUAGCCACCUCACUCUCUUCUUGGAACGAGGUGCCUUCAUUCUUGGCUCGCAGGAUCCUACUCACUGGGAUAUCAUUGAUCCCUUGCCAUCCUAUGGUCGAGGAAUUGAACUCCCAGGUGGAAGUUAUCGUAGCUUGAUAAUUGGAUAUAAUUUGACAGAUGUGGUGAUAACAGGUGAUAAUGGAACUAUUGAUGGCCAAGGCUCUGUUUGGUGGGAGUCAUUCAACUCUUAUUCUUUAAACUAUAGCCGUCCUCAUCUUGUGGAAUGUAUUGGCUGCAAGGAUGUUGUAGUUUCAAACCUCACCUUCUUGAAUUCGCCUGCUUGGAGCAUCCAUCCAGUUUAUUGCAGCAAUGUGCAAGUCGAAAAUAUUACUGUACAUGCUCCACUGGAUUCUCCUUACACUGUUGGUAUCGUCCCAGAUUCUUCGGACAAUGUGUGCAUUAAGGACUCCAAUAUUAGUGUGGGUUAUGAUGCUAUUGCGCUAAAGAGUGGCUGGGAUGAGUAUGGCAUUACUUAUGGAAGACCGACAGGAAAUGUUCACAUCAGAGGGGCUCGGCUUGAAGGUUCUACAGGUUCUGCCCUUGCUUUUGGUAGUGAAAUGUCUGGUGGCAUCUCCAACAUUAUCGUGGAAGGCAUACACAUACAGAAUUCCUUCACUGGUAUAGAAUUCAAGACUACCAAGGGCAGAGGUGGUUAUAUAAAAGACAUUCUUUUGUCACAUUUAGAAAUGGAAAAUGUCCACAAGGCAGUCAAAGCCACAGGCCAAUUUGGAUCCCACCCUGAUGACAAGUUUGAUCCAAAUGCUUUACCAGUUAUUGGUCGCAUCUCCUUGAAUAAUGUUGUUGGCACAAACAUCACUGUGGCUGGAGACCUUGCAGGAAUUCAAGAGUCUCCCUUCACUUCAAUCUGUCUUUCCAAUAUCUCCUUAUCAAGCACUUCUAGUCCUUCACCUUCAUGGUUCUGUUCAAAUGUAUUCGGAUUUUCAGAGUGUGUAAUCCCACAACCAUGUCCGGAUCUCCAGAGCUUGUACCCAAAUUUUUCAUCUGCUUGCUUUUCCCGUGCAUCUUAUGAUGGUUAUGCGGCGGUCUUGUGAGGUUUUCAAUUUGCCAAUACUUUCUUCCAGCUCCUGUACAAUGAGAGAUAAACUAGAUAGCCGUUCAGUUCCUUAUUGAAUUCAGUCGAUUUUUCCUAAUAAACUUCAGAUUCUGAAUC